GCUGGGUGACCUGGACUGUCAAACCCACCCAGCUGAGACUCCCCCAGCGGGACCUUGCCCGCGGAGAAUGGUAUCUAGAAUCCGCAAACCGCUGCCUCGGCGGGAGCGGCGAAAGGAAGUGCGUCUCUGACGGCCAAUCAGCACCUAGAUGCCGUUUUAACAUCCCUCCCUCUUUCACCUCCCCACCCCACUUCUCUGCACUCUAGUUUCGUUCCCUGUCCUCCUAGCGCUCUGUCUGCGCCGUGUGGCCGUUCCUGGACACCGUCCCCCUCGCUCCCGGCUGGGAGUCCGGCAACAACCUGCCUCCGCGACAUGGCCGGCUCGGAGGCUGAGUGGGUAAUUGUUGCCAAUAACCUUCUUUUGAAAUGUCACAUACACCUAAGGAUACAUGAACUGGAAGACUGUGAUGCUAAUGUUUUUAUUGCUCUUUAUCAAUCCAUUUUGGGAGAAAAGGUACCAGACCUCAUAGCUAUUCCCAGGAGCCAAGAGGAUGAAGUUCACAAUGUACAAGCAGUAAUUGAUUCACUGGCCUUGGAUUAUCUGCAGGUCAGCUUGUCUCACAUAACAGGAGAAAAUAUAGUGAAAGGAGAUAAAGAAUCUAUUAAGAAUCUCCUAGAAAUAUUUGAUGGGUUGCUGGAGUAUCUUACAGAACACAUCAGUGAAACAUCUCAUGAGAAAAGUGAAACUGGACAGAGUUUUAAAGAAGCCUACUACCAGGGAGAACCUUUGGAAGAGCAUGGAAGUACUAAAGGAUCUUCAUCGUCGUGGAGAAGAGUUUCUUUUGAGAGGUGCUCCUUGUCAUCUGAGGUGCUGGGCCCCUCUUGGGAUGGAGAUGAAGCAGAAUCCACUGGUGAAAUAAUUAGACUCGGAGACACAGCACACACCUUUUCUCUAAGAAGUAAUGGUGCUCAAAGUUCUAAUGAAAUGCAGAAUUUCAAAAGAGCCUCAAACAUACCAUGUUCUAAAUCACAUGCAGAAAUGUUGAACCCUCCCUUACCUACUUUUUUGUCCAAGAGUGGGACAUCCCUUGUUGAAGACACAGAAAUUCCUUCUGUGGAGAUGAUUCCAAGUGCUAGGAAGCUAGGGGAGCCUAUCAGAUCAGCUAUUCCUUUACAUCCACCCUACCACCCUUUAGAGCCUCGAGCACCCUGCCCCAUAGGAAAAGAAUACUUGCAUUCAAGUUACUGCUCCCCUACAAUGAAUUCUACUGGAGAGGGCACAGCAUUUUCUGUGGAACCAAAUGAUAGAUUUUUCUUAACUUCAAAGUUCCCUAAAGAUAGCAAGCAGGAAAUGAGUCCCGCUCAAGUCCAAGUCCCUAGGACAAGGAAGCUUCCCAAGGGAAAAAGAUAUGAAAACAGAGAUGCAGUCUCGUCCUGGGAUUCACCUUUCUCCCAGAGGCAAGGAAAGAGGUUCACAGAGCAAGAAUUACAUGCAGUAUCAGAGAAACUCUCCCAACGGCUCUCUGAACUAGACUGGAUGUUAAGAAGUGCCCUGGGUGAUCGAAUUAAAGAAAAGACCAACUAUGAAGAAGAGGCUUUUGGAAAUGAAGUGGUGGAGAGUGGAAAUGAUGAGACACUGUCUCAACACAGCGACAGCAUCAUGGAAUGUGGGCCAAAGAAGCGAAGGCCAGGACUUACCAUGAAUAGAAAGCCACCCUAUAGAUCUCACUCACUGUCUCCAUCUGCAGUUACCAAAAACAAACAGUUCCAUAUACAGAGAAAACAGCAGCGAAAGACAAAAGAAACUGAUACCCGCCGACGUCAAGCAAAGGCAAUAACUGAAGAAUUUGAAAGGGAAUUAAGGAGAAAUAAAGUUCAAGAGAAUAUUGGACCUGUAGGAAUACAUGACGAGGAGGAAACAGAAAAAAUAUACAAAGAAGCUGUUCCUAAAGGAACUCCAAAACGUUGUCAGCCCUCGAAGAUGUACUCUAGAAAAACCACAACUCCAAGUCCAAGAGGUGGCUUGCCAAAGCCAAAUAGAACAGUUCCAAUGAAGAUAAAUGAACACAGUCUCCUGCCCCUGAUGCUGGAACAGUUUCCAUUUCUCUACGUUUCUGGCCAAACACUAAGCAAAAUGUGGAAACAGCAAAUUGCACAGAUUGAACAGCUCAAAAAAGAUGCAUAUAGAGAAAAUCGGUCGAAGAAGAAACUCCAGGCUGAAAUAGAAGAAGCCUUAAGAAGGCAUGACCUCCUUACUGCACUUGUCAAGAAAGAAUAUGAACAUAACAAGAGACUGCAAGACUUCAAGGACUGCAUUCAUAGGCAGAAGUUGACCCAGUCAAAGAUAAAAGAAAAUCGGCAGCAGGUUGUUCGUGCCCAAAAAUAUUAUGAUGAUUAUAGAGUUCAGUUACGUGCAAAAAUGAUGAGACUAAGGACUCGGGAAGAGAUGAUAUUUAAGAACCUGUUUGAAGAAGGUUUACAAAUUCAAAAGCAAAGAUUACGGGACCUAAGAAAUUAUGCCAAAGAAAAGCGAGAUGAACAAAAGAGACAGCACCAGAAUGAACUGGACUCCAUGGAGAACUACUAUAAAGAUCAGUUUUCAUUGCUAGCAGAAGCCAUAUCACAGGAAUGUCAAGAACUCAAAGCCAGAGAGAAAUCCCAGGCCCAGACAUUAUCUAAGGUGAAGAAGGAGCUGAGAUGUAAGAUGGAGAAGGAAAUCCAACAACUACAGGACAUGAUAACACAGAACGAUGAUGAUGCCUUCUUCCGGGAACUGGAAGCUGAGCGCUUCCGAUCUCGGCUUUAUCUGGCUUCCUUUCAGUACAGUAAAAAUCCCUUCUUAUGAAGCCAGACUUCAUGUGUAAAGUUUCUGGAGGACUUUACCAGGGAAGAACUAGAACUGAGCCAGUAAGCAGUACAGACCAGAAGAAUCAUUUCUAAAUAAUGCCUUGUCUAUAUAGUCAUUCCAUUACUUUAUAUGAAAUAAUUUUUUUAAUAAAAAUUGUUUUCUUAAAGUUUA